AUGCCAAGCUUCCAGGUUCAUGGCCACUUUGAUCACUCCCCAUCCUCGAACGCUACCUUUAGCCACGCAGGAACAUUCAAAGGAAGAGGAUUUCUCGUAGUGAAAGCUGAGCGGGUCGAUGAUUUUGUGACGUGGUUUUUAGAGCAUACCAGGGGUACCGUUUCAUCAGGAUUCACUGAAUUUGGGCCAGAUGACAGGAGGGUGAAAAAUGGAGAUAGAUGUCUUCACCAAGCAUUGUUGAAGGGUGAUAAGUCUGUCAGAGUUAUGCGUUCUUUACUGGCUGCUCAGCAAACGUUUGUAGAUCGUUUGGUGCAUCUAAUGAAGGCAGUGCAGCGUGAAAGCGGAAAUCGUAAGAAAAAGAACGAGAGACUACAGGCAUUGCUUGGAGACAAUGAAAAGAUGAAUUUGUCAGAUGUGGAACUUAUCCCAUUGCCUUUAGAACCCCAGGUGAAAAUUAGAGGAAUAAUCCCAGAAACAGCUACACUAUUUAAGAGUGCUCUUAUGCCUGCACAGUUAUUUUUUAAGACAGAAGAUGGGGGCAAAUACCCAGUUAUAUUUAAGCAUGGGGAUGAUUUACGCCAAGAUCAACUUAUUCUUCAAAUCAUUUCACUCAUGGACAAGCUGCUACGGAAAGAAAAUCUGGAUUUGAAGUUGACACCCUACAAGGUAUUAGCCACAAGUACAAAACAUGGCUUCAUGCAGUUUAUCCAGUCAGUUCCUGUUGCAGAAGUUCUUGAUACAGAAGGAAGCAUUCAGAACUUCUUUAGAAAAUAUGCACCGAGUGAGAAUGGACCAAAUGGAAUCAGUGCUGAAGUUAUGGACACUUAUGUUAAAAGCUGUGCUGGAUAUUGCGUGAUUACAUACAUACUUGGAGUUGGAGACAGACACCUGGAUAACCUUUUGCUAACAAAAACAGGCAAACUCUUCCACAUAGACUUCGGAUAUAUUUUGGGUCGGGAUCCAAAGCCUCUUCCUCCUCCAAUGAAGCUGAAUAAAGAAAUGGUAGAAGGAAUGGGGGGCACCCAGAGUGAGCAGUACCAAGAGUUUCGUAAACAGUGUUACACGGCUUUCCUCCACCUUCGAAGGUAUUCUAACCUGAUAUUGAACUUGUUUUCCUUGAUGGUGGAUGCAAACAUUCCAGAUAUUGCUCUUGAACCAGAUAAAACUGUGAAAAAGGUUCAGGAUAAAUUCCGACUAGACCUAUCUGAUGAAGAGGCCGUGCAUUACAUGCAGAGUCUAAUUGAUGAAAGUGUCCAUGCUCUUUUUGCUGCAGUGGUAGAACAGAUUCACAAGUUUGCCCAGUACUGGAGAAAAUGAAACUGGGUUUGGCACCUCAAAAUGUUUGGCUCUGUAAGAGAACUCCUUUAGAAGCAACCUCUGUAUAAGGAAGACUUCAGAGUAACAAGGAAGAGAACAUUUAAUCUUCAAGAUACCAUAUAUCCUAAAUGUUACAUGGUGCCUGAAUUCAAUUUCCUUGGAUGUCCCUGUCUAAAUAUUGUCUUGAAGGGUUUGUUUUGAAAUAUUGUAUAUAUUUAUUUUCAAAUGUACACAUUGUUAAUAAGCUAAGAAGUGAAAAAUUUAUUCCAGGAUCAUGUAUAUACUUUGAGAGUUCUGGAAGAAUUUUAUGUUGAAAUAGUAAAACAUUUUAGUCUCUG